AUGGAUGGGAACAAGGACGAGGCACAGCGGUGCAUUGAUCUCGCAGUGCAGUCCCUGGCCGAGGGCAAGAUCGACAAGGCGGAAAAGUUUCUGCUCAAAGCAGAGAAGCUCUAUCCCACGGAGAAUGCAAAGAAGCUACUGGCUAGAGUGAAGAGCACACCUGGCAGCGGCAGCAAUGGCAAAUCGCGACCAGCAGCCUCCGCCGAUGAGAAGGACAGUGGACCCAGAAAGCGCACCAAUUCGGACUCGCGUAACACCGCUCCCGACUACUCCACCGAUCAGCUAGAGGCUGUGCGCAAGAUCAAAAAAUGCAAAGACUAUUACGAGGUCUUGGGCGUCAGCAAGACCGCCACGGAUUCGGAGAUCAAGAAGGCUUACAAAAAGUUGGCCCUACAAUUGCAUCCCGACAAGAACAAGGCCCCUGGAGCCGUGGAGGCCUUCAAGGCCCUCGGCAAUGCUGUUGGCGUCCUUACCGAUGCGGAAAAACGCAAGAACUAUGAUCUUUAUGGCAUAAACGAGACAAGCAAUGGACAUAGUCAUAACAAUGGAGGCGGAAACCAUGGACAUGGACAGUACUACAAUGAAUACGGAUAUUCGCGCGGUUUCCAGGCCGACAUCAGUGCCGAGGAGCUGUUCAAUAUGUUCUUCAAUGGCGGUUUCCCACAGCAGAAUGUGUAUAUGCGACAGCAACGGCGCCAACGGCAGCAGCGUGAGGAUCGCGAGGGAAACAAUUCAUCGGCUUUGAUUAAUUUGUUGCCCAUCUUGCUGCUCAUUGGCCUGUCCAUGAUGUCGUCCUUCUUUAUCUCUGAUCCUAUGUACAGCUUGACGCCCUCGCAUAAAUACUCGGUGAAGCGUGAAACGAACGGCCUGAAGGUUCCUUACUAUGUGAAGGAGAGUUUCUAUUCAGAGUAUCAGGGAUCUGUGGCCCGGCUGGAGGAGUCUGUUGAGGAGGACUUUGUCAAUCAUCUCAAACACUCUUGCAGUCGUGAACGGAAUUAUCGUGACUCUAUGCUGGCCAAGGCGCGUACGUUUGGCGAUCGGGACCUGUAUCGCAAGGCGCAGAAUAUCAAUACGCCUUCAUGCGAGAAUCUGCAAAAGUAUUUAAUCACAUAAUCUAGUUAUUACAAGUGGAUGCUACACGAUAUUCCCCUUUUAAAAACCAUUACCUUUGGUUGUAGUUUGUCCCCCACCCCCCCUACACCCGUUGCUUAUAGUUGUUAUAAAUGAAUUUUAUUGAUUUAUCA